AUGACGUCUUCUCAAACCAAGGUAAUCCUACCCAUACAACUCCUUCUGGUCUCUUUAAUUUCCCUUUCGAAUUGCCUGCUUCAUGUUCAAAAGAACGAAAUUCGAACAUUCGAUUCACUAGAUGGUUUAUGGACAUUUGUAAGAGAACCACAUAAUGGAGGAGAUAUUGGAAUUGGUAACCAAUGGAAUACAUUGGAUUUAGAGAAGUUUAAUAAUGCAACAGUAAUGCCCGUACCAUGUGCCUAUAAUGAUAUUGGUACUUCGAGUGAACUUCGAGAUCAUAUCGGAUGGGUUUGGUAUGAAAAGAAGGAAUUUGUUCCUCUUAGAGAUCGAAAUAUGAGACAUGUCUUAAGAUUUGCAUCUGUUAAUUACUUCGCUGUUGUCUACGUGAACUCUGAAAAAGUCACCUCACAUACCGGAGGACACUUGCCGUUUGAAGUCGAUGUGUCCUCACAAAUCAAAUUUGGAGCAGAGAAUAAGUUUACUGUAGCUGUCAAUAAUACACUCUCAUGGUCCACGAUUCCUCAAGGAGACUUCAAUUAUCAAAGAGUUGCACAGAGAAAUAUUAGUGGAAGAAUUCUCUCCCGCCUUCCAGAUGGCGCUGUCAAAAACGUUGGAAACUUCGAUUUCUUCAAUUAUGCUGGUAUCUUGAGAAGUGUUCAAUUAGUGAAAAUUCCAUCAAUUCAUAUCCAAAAUAUAAAUAUUGUUGCUGAUCACACUGGAUCGUUCUAUUUCGAAACAGCUGCAAGUAGUUUGGAUGGAGUUAAAGUUGAAGUGAAAAUGUUUGAUUCUGAUGGAAAUGUUGUUUACUCCACGAAUCAAACAAAAGGAGAAGGAAAACUAGAGAAUACAAAGUUGUGGUGGCCACGUGGAAUGGGUGAUCCAAAUCUGUACAAUCUGGAAAUUUCUUUGAUUUCUGAUGGAGAACUGGUGGAUAUUUAUAGAGAAACUUUCGGAUUCAGGACUGUCACAUGGUCGGAUUCACAGAUUUUUAUCAAUUCGAAACCAUUCUAUUGUCUUGGAUUCGGAAUGCAUGAGGACUUUGAGUUGAUUGGACGAGGAUUCAAUCAAGCUGUCAUGACAAAAGACUUGAAUCUGUUGGAAUGGAUGGGUGGAAACUGUUAUCGAACGACUCAUUACCCGUAUUCAGAAGAGAGAAUGUUCGAGAAUGAUCGACGUGGAAUCGCAGUUAUUGUGGAAACGCCAGCAGUCGGGUUGAAAGGAUUCUCAAAAGCAAACAACAAUUUACACGUUAAAAUGUUGACUGAUAUGAUUGACCGAGAUAAGAAUCAUCCAUCAGUGUUUGCUUGGUCACUUGCAAAUGAGCCCAAUACGAAUAAGAAAGAGAGUAGAGCUUAUUUCAAAACUCUCGUCGACGCCGCCCACGGAAUUGACCGUACUCGUCCGGUGACUACUGUAUAUGGACCAACUAAUUUUGAUAAUGACGAGACGGCAGAUCUGAUGGAUUUCAUUUGUGUCAAUCGAUAUUAUGGAUGGUAUAUUGAUAUGGGAUAUAUUCCAUGGAUCAAUCAGAGUGUCUACUGGGAUAUUUCUCUUUGGAGAGAGACGUUCCAUAAGCCAAUCAUUGUCACAGAAUACGGUGCAGACAGUAUUCCGGGAUUAAAUCAAGAGCCUUCUGUUGAUUUUUCGGAGCAAUAUCAGAAUGAAGUGAUCCAAGAAACGCAUCAUGCAUUCGAUGCAUUGCAUAAAGAUCAUACGAUAACUGGUGAAAUGAUUUGGAAUUUCGCUGAUUUCAUGACUGGAAUGACGACAACCCGUGCAGUUGGAAAUCACAAAGGAGUUUUCACCCGAUCCCGUCAGGCCAAAAUAUCAGCGUAUACAUUGAGAAAUCGAUAUUUGAAACGAUUCGAUCAAUCAAACCUGGAAAUUUGGGACUGA